AUGUCUUCUUUAAAACAUAAAUAAAUUACCAAAAGGCAAGCCAAAAAAAGUUCAAAACAAAAAAACGAAGAUGUUAUAGCUGUUCUAAAAAAAGAGCUAUUUUAGAGUGAAAGAAUAUUUUUUAUUGAAGGCGAUUUAAUAGUAAAUUUAGAUUUCAUAUAAGGAGUAGAUUGUCAACAGAUUAAAUUCGAUGAAGUGAGUCCAUUCAGACCUUUCAUUUCGUCUGUGUGGGAUAAAAAAAAUAAUUAUUAUAUGUUUUAUAGAGAUCCGCGCUGCCCAAAAUCGUAACUAGAAAAACUUUAUCACAUUUUGGAUUCACUUGGAAAUUAAUAUGCCCAUAAUGUUUGCUUAGAACUUAAAAAAUAUUUUGAAGUUAUGUAAGACUAACUUUAGAAAUAUAAAUAAAAAAAUCAUAAAAUACAAAGCGAGUACAAUAAGGAGAAAACCUUUUAAUUGGCAUAAAAAUAUCUAAAUGAAAAAGUAAAAUCCAAAUAUUUUGCAUUUAUGGUUAGAACUGGUCAAGGCUACUUUCUGCAUAACGAACUUGUAGGUAUUUCUUAAAACCUGAUAAACAUUCUUGGAUUUAAGCCUGAUGAAUUCGAACACUUAGUUCUUACUCAAGGAGUUCCUAUGUUCUACAAUAAAAGCAUGUUUUCUUCAUAAAAGCUCAUAUCCGAUUUGAAGAUAAAGCAAAUAUUAUAUGACUAAGAUAAAUUAGAUUUUAUGGAGGACAUUUAAACUGAUUUUUAAACUGCUGAUAAUUAAUUUUUGAAUGUUCGAUUGAAGGGUAAAAGAGUUAUUCUCUAAGAGAGACCAAAUAAUUUCCCUGAUGAUUUAAUAAUAAUAGAAGGAGAAUAUGAUUUUGAUUAAAUAAUCAGAUACCUUUUGCUCAGAAACAAAAAACAAUAAUCUGCCGAAAUUUAAGAAUACAUGACAAAAGUAGAUAAUUUUCUUAUAAAAUACUACAAAAAAGAAAAUUAAGACAGUUCAGAAAACUCGAAAUUUGAUCAUUUAAGGUGUAAAUACAGGCCAUUAAAUGAACAUGAAUUAUAAAGAUUAAAAGACAUUAAAGAAUAGACUGAUAUAAAUUUAGAAGACUUCGCUGAAUUUGAAGAAUAAUUAGAUUUUGGAUUUGAAAAUCAUAUUAACGGUAAUGGAUAGUAGUAAUUUUAAGAUUAAGACUUCUUCACUAAUUAAGAAGAAAUAUUAAAUGAGUAUAAAAAUUAAAACAACCCAACUUCAAUAGAUGAGUAAACUUAUUGUAAUGAAGGACAUCAAUAUUUAAAUUUUGAUAUUAAUUCAUAGCAAAUGAUAACUUAAAAUAAUAUAAAUAUUUUUUAAUCAAAUUAAAACAUUUUUUAACAACCUUGUUAGAAAUAAUAAAUGCAAAAUAGCAACAUUAAUUACUCUAAUUAGCUCAAUUUUAGUAACGAAUUUGAUGUUAUCGAAAGAAACUGCUCUGAUGAAAUGAAUAUAGAAGGUGGACAUUUCUAUUUUAAUUUAAGUAAUGAUUAAGUCGAUUAAAAUUAAGGUUUUCACUUCUAAAAUGAAAAUGAAUAAAGUAAUCUUGGGUAUUCUUAGAAUUUAUAAUUUGAUCAUGCCUAAUAACAAUAUAAAUAUUUAGCAUAUUAGUCUGUUUUGCCUAAUUAGCAUUCAGAAGGAUAUUUCAUGUAACAAUAAUCAUUUAAAUUGCCAAGUAAUAACGAAUGGAUUUAAAAUUAUUGA